AUGAUCACCAUUCUCACUCCUGAGUGGGCAUUCGGGAGGGCCUGCAGUGAUGUGUCCUCUGCUAAGAUGCUCAAGACCCGAUUUGCAAAGAUCCAGGAGAGAGAUGGAGUCCCAUGGUCCGCCUCCCAUAUACACUAUGCCAACAUGGGUGGAUUCCCUAUUCGAUUUGUCGAUUCCGAUGCUACCACCGGUACUUAA